UCCAUGAAACAAAGGAGAUUUGGAAAUACAGCCGUCUUGAUGCUCCACCCGGUUUAUGUAGCGUACAAUUUUGAUAGCGGGUCACACAGAAAAGUAAAACAAUGCACUUAAAUAGUAGAAAAAAAAUCUUUUAUUUGUUACGCCUUUUUUCUAAUGUUUCAAAAUAAUCAUAUUAGAAAGAAUUUUUGAAAAAGGACCUGCUUGAACUUAAGACAAAAAUAAAUUAUAAAAAAAGAAAUAUGGAAAUAAGCGUGCAUGUGUUGCUCUAUAUAUUGAUUCUGAUUUCAGGCAAAGCAAGAAAUGGAAUUUGUAUUUCACAAAAGGAAGAACGUAUCAUUUCUAAACGACAGAUAGAUCUCCUUCCAGUAGGAACUGAAGUACAUAUUAAAGCGAGACAGUCGACCAAACGACCACAGUGUUUACAAAAUGAACAUGGACCAAAUUGCACAUAUUGCGUCGCGCGUGACACGUGUGAAGAAGGCCAUUUUACGUGUGACGUCAGAACUGGAAAUAAGAUUUGUCUACCGGGAUACCAAGGGCAAAAUUGCAGAAUAUCAACUAAGCAUGCCAGCAAUUAUUAUGACGUCACGUGUCCAGAAAAUACAUGCCGUAAUGGCGGAUCAUGUGCUUCCGGACAUUGCUGUUGUAGGGAAGGAUUCACCGGAAUACUGUGUGAAAUUGAGAUAAUAGAAUGCAAGAAUAACUCCUGCUUAAACGGAGGGAUCUGCAAAGAUCUGAUAGGAAAGUACGAGUGUUUAUGUAAACCAACAUUUAGAGGAAAGAACUGUGAAAUACCAGUAAGUACGCAUGUGCAGACAACGCCUUCACGUGACUCCGGCUGCCAAUCUAACUCAUGCCGGAACAAUGGCACGUGUUUGGAGGAUACAUUUCUGACUUAUUGCCUUUGUCCGACUUAUUAUACAGGGGAACAAUGCGAAACUCAUAUUGGAACCUCGUCGGGCUUGCAAAAUUCGUGUCCAGAAAAUUAUUUUGGGCUUGCAUGUCGGACAUUUUGUAAGCCUCAAGACAGCUGCUUCGGACACUAUGUUUGUGACAAAUCGACAGGCGGGAAAAUAUGUAUGGGCGGAUGGCACGGACAACAUUGCGAUACAAGAAAUUUACCGCAGCGUGUUGACCCGGACUGUCCAAAUCAUGGCUGCAAAAAUGAUGGUCAGUGUUUCCACAAUGGAUGUUGUUGUAGAAAUAAUUAUACAGGGGAUAACUGCCAGAUAGAGUCUAUAGGUUGCCUAAGUAACCCGUGCAAGAAUAACGCGACUUGUACAAAUCAAGGGAAUGGAUUUAUUUGUGAAUGUCUUCAAAGUUUCACGGGAAAAAUGUGCGAAAAUGACAUAAAAUAUAGUACUAUUGAACCGAAAGCCACCGAUACACAAAAUACUCACAGUGCUUUUCAUGCAUACACCUUUUCAGCUGCUGCCUCUAAUGUACAACAUUUUUCUUCCAGUUUUACUGAUCACAUUUCAUCAAAAUAUCCUAUGCCAUCUUUCACAAGCACGUUGGCUUUACCAAAUGUUAUACAUUCAUUGAUCAAAUCCAGUUUAGUUUUACCACCUACAGAAAUACCAGCAUCAAAUCAGAUAUCAGUUGUUUACACUGAUAUAUCAAACUCGAUAUCAAACCAUUUGACAGGGAAAUCUGAAUCUCAUAUUUCAGGUACAGAAUCUCGUAUUUCUCCCACGUUAACACUCUUGAAUACAUCACCCUCUUCAUUAUAUUUUGAUUCAGUCACAACUUACUCGCAAUUAUCUUCAUCUACAAUCACUGCUAGACAAUCUCACUUGAAAAGUAUUUCUGUAGAAAUAUUACCGUCUCAAGGUACCUUACCAAUGUCACUUUUGGGGAUAACAUCAAAACCUUAUGGUAAUAUGCGGACAAGAUCAUCAUCAUCGAACUUCAUUUCUUUCUCUAAAUCGUUUGAAACAUCUAGUUUUAUGUAUAUUCCUAAAUAUUCUUCCUCCACAUCUCUUAAUAUACUAAUAACUUCCACAUUUGAUUCUUCGCUUUCGGUAAAAGAUGGAACAAUGUCCGAGCAUAUUGAUAGAUUUAGUGCCAAUACUUUAUCAUCUGAAUUUGUAGGUAUACACACUAGCAAAGUUCGUAUUUCACCUACUGUAGUGGAUCCUUCUUUCUCUGAUCACACAGACUCAAAUACUCUCUUAUUAAGUUCAUUCGAUUCAUUGUCGCUUUCACGUCUAGUUGCAACAUCUGCGCCAGUAUCUACGAAUAUGUUGGAAACUUCAAUAUUGUACAAAACUUCUACGAAACGUUUUCCAGCAUCAUCAAAGUCUUCGGUUUCUUCAGUGGAUUCAGCAUACAUUUCAUCUUCAUCUAAUACGAUUUCUGUUGACAUAAAUUCCGCACAUGUGUUUACCACUACACCACCGAUCUCAUUUUCAUUCUCCGAAACAACUCCAUUUAUACAUCAAAAUUCUCUUUCUGACUCGAUCCCUAUAAUACGGGAGUCUACCAUCCAGAAAACAACAAACCUCUUUACAUCAAAUGUGGACAAUACUAAAUUUACUAACAUCGUUGUUUCGCCCGACCAUACUAGUACUUCCACGUCACAUAAUAUAUUACCUACGACAGUUCAUGAAGCAGCAUUGUUCACAAGUACACAAAUGUCUACAUACAUUAACAAUAUGGAUCGUGAUUCAUCAGAAUAUAUGUCGACAAUGGGACCUACAACAAAAAUAAAUAUUGUACCAACUCCAUCGUCGGUCUCCUAUCACAAUAUUGAUUAUACAGUUGUUAGCAGUAUUAAACCCUCUUUUACAAUUAAACCAUCUGAUAGUGCCAUGGACAGACUGAGUACGUUCUCAUUAAAUGGUGUUUCAUCUGCUGUAGACAGCGUAAUUCCUACUUUGUCAGGAACCGUUAGAACAUUUUCAGAAACUUCUAUGCGAGCAAUGCCAUAUAGUGACAGUAUGGUAUUAGAUGCGACAGAUAUAAAAACCAUAGCGGGAAUUAAUUCAAAGAAGGUAAUGCAUUUAGAAAAUCACGAAACAAGAAUUUAUGAUAGCUUAUAUAUCAGCCCAACCUCCGCUUCAUCAACAAGCAGUACAACUAGCUACAUCUCCCAUUCCUCUUCCCUCCAUACGAACAUCCACAGUAGCUCUAUCAAAAGCAACAACAUUGUCACCACUUCCUCCAAAAUAGGUAGCAGCAUCACCACCAGCUACAUCGCCGUCGCCCCAGCCACAAGUAGCAGCAUCAGUAGUAAUUCUGGCAGUAGCGGUAGAAUUGUCACAAUGGGAAUCGUCAAAACUGCAGCUAGCAGCAUAGUCCCCAAUACUGCCACCGCCAAAACUACAAGUCGUAUCCAUGCCUCUACAAAAGCGUCUUCGUCACUUCAUGAAAAGCCAACUGUUAGUUUGGCGCCGACAUCGUUCAGACAUUCGGCAAAUGCUAUACAGUCAACAGAUGUAGAUUUCGUCUCACCUACUAUGUUAAUAACAGACUUGAACUCGGAAUCUAAUGAAGGGAUUUCAAAGAGCUGGCGUAUUGCGUUGAUAGUUAUAGGAUGUGUAUUGUUUGUGAUAGCUGUCAUUUUUCUCAUAGUUUUUCUCUCUGUCCGGCAAAGGAGAAAGGAUUCAAGAACGAUAAGCCAGUCUCCUGCUGAUAUUCAAGAUUAUUCAAAAGAGCAUUUUUCAGAACAGCCCGAUUUUCACAACCCCACUUAUGAAAUUGAAAAUGAUUCUGACGACGAUUCAGUAAAAUAUGAUAUUUAUGUGGUAAAUGAAUGAAAAUUUUUAGUAAAAUAUGAUAUAUACGUUGUUAAUGAUUUUAAAAAAAAUCAGUAAAAUAUGAUAUAUAUAUUUUGUGAUAAAGGAAUGAAAGUAUUUAUCCAGAUAUGAUAUACAUGUGGUAAAUGGAUGAAAUUUUUAUCAAAAUAUGAUAUAUGUAAUAAAUGAAUGAAAAUAUUCAGUAAAAUAUGAUAAACAUGUGGUAUAUGAAUGAAAAUAUUUAUUCAAAUAUGAUAUAUACAAUGUAAAUAAUUAGAAAUAUGUGUGUGCGUGCGUGCGUGUGUGGCAAAUGAAUGAAAAUAUUCCUUCUAACACUAUCCGCAGCAAUAGCUAUAAAACGUACUAUGGCUGGCUGAUACAUUUUACCAUGAAAUAUUCUAUAAUGUACCUAAACACUCGUGAUUCUAUCAUUACUCAUCCGAACUGCUGUCUAUAUUUUAGUAACUGAUACAAUAUGGGAACAUGUUUUCCUUAUUUCUUAAUUAGAUUUAUUAUAUAUACGUUGUAAAUGAAUAAAUAUGUUUAGUAAAAGUGGUGUAUAUGUUGUAAAUGAAUGCAAUUAUAGGGACAAUUGCCAGUACGGUGGUAUCAAAAUACAUGUCUGAAUCAGAAUGUAAAUGUAUAUGAUAUAAUUUUAAUACUAUUAUAAAACACAGUUGUAAAAGUUAUUGCUAGACCUACAGUCUAUAUUGCACCAAAUCCGGAAAGACUAAAGUUUACUUGUACAGGUGAGUGGCCCUUGACGACAUCUGGUGGACGAAAUAAGGACAAAAGUCAAAUAGGUGAUAAGAUUAUCCCGAAGUGAAGAUUAAGAUUUUAUGACAAAUCCUUUUUUAGCAUUAACGUUUCAGAAAUAUUUCAAAGGACAUCCAUUUUCGCUGCAGAACUCAGAGGCUACUGAACAAGAGAAAACGAAAUGUUAGUUAAUCAUGCACUGUAAUGGUAGAAAUAUUGAAAGUAUACAUCGUGAUACUGUAUUUUUCUCUUGGAGACUUGGCAGCUUAUUUGUUGUCCUAAUUUCCAUCAAUUCAGAAAAGGCUUUA